AUGGGAGCACCUGAGCUCGAACUGACACAACGGGGUACUUGGAAUGCUCACCAUCACGAUACAGAUCGAGCUCAUUCCUCGUCUGUGAACGGAGGAAAUGAUAGUCCUCGACCUUCGAAAAGAGCCAAAGUAGCGGUCGCUUGUGAACAAUGCAAGACUAAAAAAGUAGGAUGUAAUGGAACUCAGCCGUGUCAAAGAUGCGUUCAGGAUGAUCGCCAAUGCACUUUCGGAAGAAAAGAAAUAAGGACGCCGUUGACUAGACAACGAAUGACCGAACUUGAGGAUAGAAUCCGAAUAUUCGAGAACAUGUGGAAUCAGAUGUUCACGGAGUAUCCGGUUGAGCAGGCUUUGGGUGAUGCCAUUUCAUUCGGUAUAGAGCGUGCUUGCGAUAGAGCUAGGAAACUUAUCCAGCCAAAGGAUAAUACAUGGAAUGUACCCGAAGUCGAAGUAAGACCCUCAACUCAUCUUGGUAUUUCGCGCGAGCGAAUUGCGAAUCACAGGGAAUCCCAAAUUUCAGCUAUUCGAGAUACAUCGCCGUUAGGUCAAAUAUCACUUCCACCGACAAGACAAGCUUCUCUGGACCCGGAACAUCAUCGAUAUCACUUCAGUUCAGAUGGAGAAGAGGUUGCUUAUGAAUGGCAAGAACAUUCGGGUCAUUUGAUGGAUCAAAGUACUAUUCAAGCGGACGCCGGUAUGGGGAGUCUAGCGACUUCGGGAAGAGGUGCGAGCUAUCUUGGUCUUUCCUCAGGUGCUACGUUCCUAAAUGCCAUCAAACGACUCUCACCACAAGCAAUUCCGGCUUUGUCUCCAAACGGUCCUUAUAUAGCUACCCGCCCUAUGGCCAUGGAAAGCUAUUCAGAAACGAUGCAAGAAUGGACUUCUGAAUUACCCAGGAGUCGAGUGAUUUUACCGCCGGCGGCUGAGAUCAAACCUUUAGUAGAUGGUUAUUUCCAAUAUUUCCACCAUUUUACGCCUUUAGUCCAUGAGCCUACCAUACGAGCUCAGAUAAGUGGUGCUAUACCUAUAGUCAAACCAGGAUCCGACGUUCUGAUGUACAUGAUAUUCGCCAUGGGCGCUCUCGAUUCUGCUGUAUCCGAAGAUGACGAUGACGGAUAUCAUUAUUAUCUAACCGCUCGGAAAUCCUUGGAUCGACAAAUGCUUGAAGGCGGAACGUUACCGCUAGUACAAGGGCUAGCUAUAAUGGCAAAUUAUCUACAGCGAAGUAAUCGAUCCAACGCCGGGUAUCUCUGUUUGGGCAUGGCAAUACGUAUGGCGACCGCACUGGGACUACAUACACCUGUCACCAGUAGGAGAUGCUCGGCACUCGAGAAAGAAAUCAGGGUUAGGGUGUGGUGGUCAAUAGUAACUCUAGAAGCUGGUUGUGCAGUAACCUUCGGUCGACCUCAUGCUCAUUCUCCUUUACAAUUGGCGGCUGUACCCUUUCCUCUCAAUUGCGACGACGAACAUUUGACUGUAUCAACAACCUCUGCGCCUGAGUCCUGCGAUCGGCCAACACUCUACACACCACUGAUUGAUCAAGCCAAACUUGCCAAAGUAGCUUGUGGUAUACAUGAUAGGAUUUUGCAAUCUCAUCCGGCACCUACAGUGGAACAAGUGAAACGAUAUGAUCAAAGGAUACUCUCUGCUUUACAAGUCGAGCCAGAUUUCUCACGUUCCUACACCGAUGGACCGUACGCUUUCGCUAGGGGAGCGCAGAUCUGGAGAGCAAGGGAUUAUAGAGCUAUCUUACAUCGACCAAUUCUCCUUGCCGCAGCCUGGGAUACGAGUCAUCGGAAAGCCUUGUCGCCUGGUGUCAUCGAAGCGUUAGAUGCCUGUAGAGGACUAGCUCUUACGAAUCUCGAGGAGAUAGGCCAUUUCGUCUCAACUCAACCAGAUCGUCAUAGAGGUGCAGAGUGGUACUACCUUUACUUCGCUUUUCGGGCUUCUCUGACGUUGCUACUGUCAAUCGUAUGGGAACCUCACCACUCAAAUGCGACUCGUUGGAAGGCCGUACUCACAUCGACUGUCUCUUGGUUCAGACAGAUAAAGUCAAUGAGAACUCUUGCGAGUGCGUACGCAUCUGUUCUGGAAGGGGUGGUGGGCAUUUCACCUUCUCCUCGUACGAUGGAUCAGCUUAUACAAGCGAUUGGGGACACUUCGUCGAGCAACUGGUCAUGCAUGGGUAAUUCUACCGACCCCCCCGAGGCCGAGCAGAUAAACCAAGAUGGUCUAGAUUUUGAGCGGUAUUGGAUGGAGCUGUGGGGGAACGAUACGAUACCUACAAGCUUAGCAUGGCCUGUGGCUGAUAAUCCGCAAAAUGGCUGGCAAAUUUGA